CCUGUUCUCCCAAGCCCCCGCCGUGGGAGCGCCGCGACCCCUUCCCGGCGCUCCUCGCGCCGUGCGCAGAGCGCCCUCGCGGUGACCCGCUGUGCGUGGGGUCAAGGCGCGGGGCGGAGCGGCUGGGCGGGCGCCAUGCGGAGGGGUGAUCGCAGAGCCGCCGGGGGACCGCGGCCGGGGUCCCCUGUGCCGUCUGGCAAGGCCUCGCUGGAGGAGCCGCCCGACGGCGCGCCCGCCGGCCGAGCAAGCGGGUCGGGCGCGGGCCGCCGCAGCACGGAGUCCGAGGUCUACGACGACGGCACCAACACCUUUUUCUGGCGGGCCCACACCCUCACUGUGCUCUUCAUCCUCACCUGCGUGCUCGGCUACGUGACCCUGCUGGAGGAGACGCCUCGGGACACGGCCUAUAACACCAAGAGAGGUAUUGUGGCCAGUAUUUUGGUUUUCUUAUGUUUUGGAGUCACACAAGCUAAAGACGGGCCAUUUUCCAGACCUCAUCCAGCUUACUGGAGGUUCUGGCUCUGCGUCAGUGUGGUCUACGAGCUGUUUCUCAUCUUCAUACUCUUCCAGACUGUCCAGGAUGGCCGCCAGUUCCUGAAGUAUGUGGACCCCAGGCUGGGAGUCCCGCUGCCGGAGAGAGACUACGGGGGAAACUGCCUCAUCUAUGAUGCAGACAACGAGAGCGACCCCUUCCACAACGUCUGGGACAAGCUGGACGGCUUUGUGCCUGCGCACUUUCUUGGCUGGUACCUGAAGACCCUGAUGAUCCGUGACUGGUGGAUGUGCACUAUCGUGAGCGUGAUGUUCGAGUUUCUCGAGUACAGCCUGGAGCACCAGCUGCCCAAUUUCAGCGAGUGCUGGUGGGAUCACUGGAUCAUGGAUGUGCUCGUUUGCAAUGGGCUGGGCAUCUACUGCGGCAUGAAGACUCUUGAGUGGCUGUCUCUGAAGACAUACAAGUGGCAGGGUCUCUGGAACAUUCCCACCUACAAGGGCAAGAUGAAGAGGAUCGCCUUCCAGUUCACGCCCUACAGCUGGGUCCGCUUCGAGUGGAAGCCUGCCUCCAGCCUGCGCCGCUGGCUGGCCGUGUGCGGCAUCAUCCUGGUGUUUCUGUUGGCAGAACUGAACACGUUCUACCUGAAAUUCGUGCUGUGGAUGCCCCCCGAGCACUACCUGGUCCUCCUGCGGCUGGUCUUCUUCGUGAAUGUGGGCGGCGUGGCCAUGCGGGAGAUCUACGACUUCAUGGAUGACCCGAAGCCCCACAAGAAGCUCGGCCAGCAGGCCUGGCUGGUGGCAGCCAUCACGGUCACAGAGCUGCUCAUCGUCGUGAAGUACGACCCGCAUACGCUCACGCUGUCCCUGCCCUUCUACAUCUCCCAGUGCUGGACGCUCGGCUCUGUGCUCGUGCUCACCUGGACCAUCUGGCGCUUCUUCUUGCGGGACAUCACCCUGAGGUACAAGGAGACUCGACGGCAGAAGCAGCAGAGCAGGGGUGACCAGGACAAAGCUGUGGGCAACGCGGACGGACACCUGCCUGGGCCGGAAGACCCCCCAGGGCCUGCGGAGCCUGAGAGGGAGGGGGUGCCGGUCCCAAACUGAUGCACUUCACGACUGCCCAGAGAGCCCGGGCCUGCUGGAACCUCCUGACAGGCUUCAGCCCUCGUAGUUUUAUUUUCCCUUUCUCCCAUGCACAUGGCUGGGCUCUGUGGGGUGCAGGUGGCCUCUGACCGAGGCACGUGUGUACGUGUGUGUGCGUGUGUGUGUGUGGUGUGCCCACAUGUGCUCCUCGGGCUCCUCAGCCUGACCGGUGUGGCUGGUCUCACUCUGGGCAGCCGGACCCCUCCCCUCAAUGCACCGUCAGCCGGCCCAGGCCCAGCAGAGGCAUCAUGAUGCCUUUCUCUGCUCCCCGGGCCCCCGGCCACUCGGAAGGCCUGACUGCACCUCACUGGAUCCCCAUCAGCUCCCUGACGGCACGUGUGAGGGAUGACCGUCCAACACCACCCUGAGAUGGCUGAGAAGGGGCGGGUCAAAUAGGCAGUCCUGAGCCGUGUCCUAGGGAGGCUUCCUCUGGCACAACAAACCUGGGGGUGUGAACGGGGCCAGAGGUCACUGGACUGGCCCCCUGAGGAACAUGGAGUCAGAAACUCAAAGGCCCUGUGCCUGAGGUCGGGAGGAGGGGCAGAGGGUCCUCUUCAAGAGCGAACUGAGCAAGUAAAGCAGUGCUGAAGGUCCUGAGCGGCUCCCAGCCCGUCUGUCAUGUGCCCGGCGCAGGGGCUGCCCUGGCAGCGGGCAGGGGCUGCUUGGCCUGGGCCCACGUGCACAGGGCCGGCCCCUGGGAGCCUCUUCUGGUGGGGGUGGUGGAGGCCGCGCAGCGUGCCUGGUGAAGACCUGACAAGAAGGACAAGCACUCCUGCCAAAAAAGUGCUUUAAUAAAAUGUCUAAACCUUU